AUGAGCAUCCCUAACAACACCCAUCCCCUCCCUACAUUCGACAUCACCGCAGAUGGCCUUGCAAAGGAGUCUGAAGACAUAGUCGCCUUUCUUGAAAAAGCCGCAAACGACCUGGCCGAUUCCGUCGCUGAUUCGGAACUCACCUUUGACACGGUGAUCCGGCCCCUGGCCGCGAUCGACAAUGAGCUCCGAGCCCGCGUGCAGUACAUCGCGUUCUUCCACAGUGUCUCGCCGUCCGCAGAGAUCCGACAAGCGUCCUCAGGGGCAGAGAGCCGCGUGGUCCAGGCACACCUAGCAUUGUUCGCACGAAACGACCUCUUCGCCCUCGUCGACACUGUUCACGCAAACUGCUCCCAGCACGAGUCCAUCGACGAAGAGGAUCGGAUACUCCUCAAAAGGUUCCACCAGCUAUUCAUGGAGAACGGACUGAGACUGACUGGGCCGGUCCGUGAGCGUUUCACCUGGAUUACCGGCCGCUUGGUCGAGCUGCGAGUGAAGUUUAUGCAGAAUCUAGGCGCGGAACCCGACUCUGUCUUUCUCUACGAGCACGACCUAGCAGGUUUAGCAUUGGACGAGUUUGAUGUUCUUGAGGAUGGCAGCCCCGAUCACGCUGCCAAACGGUAUCGGAUAUCGCUCACCAAGCCGGUGGUGACGCGGAUCCUAUCGCAAUGCCGCAUUGCCCAGACCCGAAAGGACAUCUUCCUCCGCAACCAGACCAGAUACAAGCCUAACGUCGAUAUCUUCCGGGAGAUCGUUAUCCUACGAGACGAAGCCUCGCGGUUGCUUGGGUUCGACUCCUUCGCGCACCGGAAGCUCCAGCAGCAGAUCGUGCAAUCGCCGGACCGCGUGGAACGGUGGUUGAAGGAGCUCCACACUGCAUUGCGACCGGUCGCAGAGCGCGAGAUGGAGCAGUUGCGGACCGUGGCCGGGACCGACGCUAUCCAUUUAUGGGACCUGGACUUCUACCAUACCCAUAUCCUCCAAGAAGAGUACCACGUGGACCACGACCGUGUCGCAGAAUACUUCCCAGCAAAAGCGACCAUCGAGCGCAUGCUGGGCAUCUUCGAGAAGCUGUUCAGCCUGCGGUUCGAGAAGCUUCCCGCUUCAGGAAAGCACACCUGGCAUGCGGACGUAGAUGCGUACGCCGUGUGGGAGGCCGACAACUCAGCCCUAGUGUUUAUCGGAUAUCUCUACGUGGACAUCUACCCUCGGCCAGGGAAGUACAACCACGCCGCCAAUUUCAAUAUCUAUCCUGCCUUCCUCACCAGCGAAGGCAAGCGAACAGCCGUGGCAACAGCAUUAGUCUGCAAUGUCUCCCGAGGAGAAGCACCGGCCCUGCUCCGCCACCAGGAAGUCACCACCAUCUUCCACGAACUCGGCCACGCAAUGCACGAUCUCCUAGGCAAAUCCCGCUACGCCGUCUUCCACGGCCACCGCACAGUCGCCGACUUCAUCGAAGCCCCCAGCCAACUCCUAGAAGCCUGGUGUUGGGUGCCAGACUGCCUCCGCCAGCUGAGCAGCCACUACUCCUACGCCUCCCCGGAGAACCACAACCACUGGCAGCGCAAGCAACAUAGCAACCAAAGCCCCAGCACCACGGAAGAAGCACACCAGCCACCACGCAACCUGCCCCAAGCAACAAUCCAGAACCUCCUCGCUGCCAAAAAGCUCAACCAAGCCCUCCUCACCCUCCGCCAACUAGCCUUCAGCUACUUCGACAUGCACAUCCACCACCCGGCCUCCCACGCCGAGAUCCAGCAGCUGGAUAUCAGUGCAACAUACAAUCGGUUCCUCGAAGAAACGACCGGGCUCUGGGGUCCCGGUGGCGGCUUCGAUUGGGGACACGGACACGUCACCACGCUGCAUUAUGUGUGGGGUCAGGAGGCGAAUUAUUAUUCGUAUCUUUUCACGAGAAUGCUGGCCGCGGAUAUCUGGGCGUCGCAUUUCCGGGACGACCCGAUGAGUCGCGAGGCGGGGUUGGUUUAUCGGAGGGCCAUUCUGGAGUAUGGCGGUAGUCGCGAUGAGCGGGGUUUGGUUGUUGCGUUUUUGGGGAGGGAGCCAGCUUUGCAGGCUUAUUUGUCGGAGCUUGGCUGUGGAGGUGACGGGGCCCAUGGGGUGGAGGAGGCUAAGAGAGAGUUAGGGGCGUAAGAGUCGGAAAGUCCGUUGAUAUUUGGCUGGCUGUUACGGGGACACUCCUCACGGUAAUAUCCACAGCAAAGAGGUAUAUCACUGGAUUAUUGCGAAGGGUUCAAGCUUCGCAUUUUGAUUUGUGGUGGUUAGAUCAGAC